GCUAUGCAGUCCUGGAGCACGACAGCUUCUUCCAUCAUUCCAUAUCGUUGUGUCGUGUUGAAUGUUCGAGGACAGCUGGAGACCGAACUUCCCGACUUUCCAUCCGAUUUCGCCACCUUCGAUUACCGCAGUCCACAACUGUCCACACAAUGCGGACCGCAGCAAUAGCGCCCGUAUCUGCCUUGCGGACGGUCCGCUGCACGGCCUGCAGUCUGUUGGCUCUGCGGCUGUUCAUUGCAAACUUUCGGGACGCAUCGAGCGGCAUCACGGCGACAACAGCGAGGAGCAGACGCUUUACUCCCAUAAAUACAGCUCGAGCAUCCUCCACGCUUCGACCGACACCGCGAUUGUUAGGCAGUCCUGCCAUCGAAGAGCGAAUAGAGCAACAGCGCAGCGACGAUGACAAGCCCGAAACCCCGUCGUCCAACUCAAAGACGGCGGAUGUGCCGUGGUAUCUCCAGGUCGAGCCGCCGCGACACCCGACGCUGCUGCACGAGUCGUCCGCGCUGCCGGAUAUUCCUGAAGGAUCGCCCAAGCUCAUGGAACCGCUGCUCAAGUUCGUGGCGGACGAAUUGGGCCUCGACGAGCUGUCGCUACUAGACCUCCGCGAAAUGGACCCGCCCCCGGCGCUAGGACCCGAACUGAUCAUGAUCUUCGGAACGGCGCGCAGUGAGCGGCAUCUUCAUGUUUCAGCAGAUCGUCUGGUGCGGUGGCUGCGCGGCCGCGGCAUCUCGGCCGCCGCCGACGGUUUGCUGGGCCGCAACGAGCUAAAAAUCAAACUUAGGCGGAUUGCUCGGAAGGCUAAACUCCUGGGCACCUCCGGAGUCGCGCGCAGCGGGGAUGAUGGCGUCAGCACUGGGUGGAUUUGUGUCAAUCUUGGCUUGGUGGGCGGUUCCCAUCAGGAGAUGGAGAUGCUGGAUGAGCAGGGCAGGCCGACAGGCUUCGGCGUGCCACAGACGGGCACCACCAUCGUCGUUCAGAUGCUGACCGAAUCGAGGAGGCAGGAGUUGGACUUGGAGUCGCUCUGGAAUGACCUGCUGGAGAAAAGCCUGAAGAAGAGCGGGUCAUUGAAAGCCGUUAGCGCACCCGGAAUCCCGCGGUGAGCCCCGUACGUCUGAAGCUGGACGUAUUCUUGGCCCGUUCGGAAACUUCCUAGCACCCGCGGAUCUGUCCUGGCCCCCUGAGGGCCUGCCCAUCCAACUUGCGGGUGCGUAUGGGGACCGAGGAGAGUGGGAUCUGUCUCAGGAGAGGGGCGCGUUCCGCUCCGCUGCUGCAAGGCAAGGCCGCGGUGCAUGU